CAAAGACAGCACCACAAGCAUUAAAAUAUUUCCACAAGAAGAAACAUCAAAGAAAGCUUCAAACUUCCUUCUCUGUUUCCCUCCUUCUUCUUCCCCCCUGCAACCAAUGUAAACCCUACAAAGAUCUCUCUAAAGAUUUCUUAAAAUGAAGACAAUAAUUAGUUUGUUCUCUUCUCUUAUGUCCACCCUUUAUUAACUCGAGCCAAUAGUCUCCAUCUUUCAACCCACCGGAAACAGAGAGAAACUUUUCUAGAAAAAGCAGGUAGAUACAAAUCUCUGUGAACAAUAAUGGCUUCUGAGCUGAAACAAACUCUAACCAAGAAAUACGGUGCACUUGAACUAUGGGAGAUCAUAGUCAUUGCUCUGUUCGCAUCAUUCAUACUAAUCCUAGCCGUCUCAGUAUGGCUCAGCUUCCGUAAAAAAUCCAAAAGAUCCAACUUCAUACAGCUUCUCCCCAUAACGGAAACCCCUCGCCAUCAAGAUGAAAUCAAAGACAUAAGUGUUGAUCACGUCUCAUCUAACAACAAUGUCACACCUCACCAAGCUCUAGAUGACAAGUUCGGAGAGAGAGACAUUGAGAACGGCCAUAACUACUCUGGUUCUUUAGAGAAACAUGUCCCUACUUCAGAAACAACUCAUUCACCUCUCUCUGGUCUCCAAGAAGGUUCUCACAUUGGUUGGGGUCAUUGGUUCACUCUCCGUGACCUUCAGCUAGCUACCAACCAUUUCUCAAAAGAGAAUAUCAUCGGUGAUGGGGGUUAUGGAGUUGUGUACCAUGGAACUUUAACUAACAAAACCCCUGUGGCUGUCAAGAAGCUGCUCAACAAUCCAGGACAAGCUGAUAAAGACUUCAGAGUUGAAGUGGAAGCAAUAGGACAUGUCAGGCACAAGAACUUAGUUCGGCUUCUUGGAUACUGCGUUGAAGGAACACAUAGGAUGUUGGUUUAUGAGUACAUGAACAAUGGGAACUUAGAGCAGUGGCUUCACGGUGACAUGAGUCACCAAGGACAUCUCACUUGGGAGGCUAGAAUCAAAGUUCUUGUUGGCACUGCAAAAGCGCUGGCUUACCUUCAUGAAGCUAUUGAGCCGAAAGUGGUGCAUAGAGACAUAAAGUCAAGCAAUAUACUGAUGAAUGACAACUUUGAUGCCAAGUUAUCUGAUUUUGGUCUUGCUAAGCUGCUUGGAGCUGAUAAAAGUUAUGUCAGUACUCGAGUUAUGGGUACAUUUGGGUAUGUUGCACCUGAAUACGCUAACUCUGGUCUCCUAAACGAGAAGAGUGACGUGUAUAGUUUUGGUGUUGUUCUAUUGGAAGCUGUUACUGGAAGGUACCCGGUUGAUUAUGAACGGCCUAAAGAAGAGGUGCAUAUGGUGGAGUGGUUGAAGCUAAUGGUACAGCAGAAACAGUUUGAGCAAGUGGUGGAUAAAGAGCUUGAGAUCAAACCAACGAAAAGCGAACUUAAAAGAGCGCUUUUGACAGCUUUGAGAUGCGUUGAUCCUGAUGCAGACAAGAGGCCAACGAUGAGUCAAGUUGCUCGAAUGCUUGAAUCUGAUGAGUACCCUGUGCUGCCUAGAGAGGAACGAAGAAGAAGGAGAAGUCAGAACGGAGAGGUUCCUAAAGAAAGCACAGAGGCGAAUAAGGAUGAUAAUACCAUAGCAGAUGCAAAGAUUUGAGUUAACAGAAAGAAACAUUUAGAUUCUUUUGGAGAUUGUUUAGAUUCUUUUACUGUUUCUGUGGAUUAAUUAUGUGAUAUGUAUAGCCGACAAGACAAGAUUCGUUUCUCUUGUCUGGAGGAAAGAGAGAUCUUUUGUAUAGCUUUGUUGUAAAUUUUUAUUACCUUCAUACUUUCAACAUAACUGUUAAGUUUAGUGGGUUCAGAUU